AAUCUGAGAGGUUGCGGUGUGGACAACCCUUGACAUGACUGUUUGAACUCUCAUCUUGAAGUAUGAUGAUUCUGCCCCAACACUGUAGAUAGCAUUUGUUCCCUUCGCAACCACCAUGAAUGUUUCCUGUGAGUCCCCAACCUCCAACUGGACAACGGAUCCACUAGGGGGCCAUAAACCAUGGGAAGUUGUUGUGAUAAUCCUCAUCACUGUGCCCCUUUCCCUGGUCACUGUCAUUGGAAACCUGCUGGUGAUGAUCUCCUUUCGGGUCAACAGUCACCUGCGCACAGUCAGUAACUACUUCCUAUUGAGCCUGGCCGUGGCAGAUCUGGUUUUGGGGGCCAUCUCCAUGAACCUCUAUACCAUGUACAUCAUCUUGGGGCGUUGGACCCUGGGGAACCUCGCCUGUGACAUCUGGCUGGCAACUGACUAUGUGGCAAGCAACGCCUCUGUCAUGAACCUGCUGCUCAUUAGCUUUGACCGCUUCUUUUCCAUCACGAGACCGCUCACCUACCGUGCUAAGCGCACGCCCAGGCGGGCGGCCAUCAUGAUCAGCCUCGCUUGGGCCAUCUCCUUCAUACUCUGGGCACCCACCAUUCUGCUCUGGUCGUACAUAGUGAAGGAGCACACAGAGAAGGAGAAGGUCAAGUGCUCCAUCCAGUUCCAGAAAGAGCCCUUUUUCACUUUCGGCACUGCCAUUGCUGCCUUCUACCUCCCUGUCUCCAUCAUGAUCAUCCUCUAUUGGCGCAUCUACCGUGAGACAGAGAACCGUACCCGGGAUCUGGCCGGGCUGCUGGGCCUGGUGCAUGGUGGGGGAGCCUCUCUGGAUUCCAGACGCCAGAUGCCCUACUCCAUCAGUGCCAAGAGCAGCAUCAGCACCUAUAAGGGGAUGCAAGCUGGUCAGGGGCAUAGCAGAAAGAGACACACCACCUGCUUCCCCUUCAGGCUAAACAAAGGGAGAGCACUGACAUCAUCAUCCCAUACAGAGGGGAGCAACAGUGGUGGCUGGAACAUGGAUGAGGAAGAGCCCUCUGACUCUUCUUCCUCAGAGGUGAAAGGAAUGACCAGUAUGGUGGUGCAUCUACCUAUGAUUCAGCUGAGAGACGAGCAAGAUGUCGUCAGAGGUCCUGAGGACCAGGACAUUCCCAACACACAAGACUUUGGAUGUCCUGGGAGGCCCAGGCAGCCCAAAGCUAAGAAGCAGCGAAGCAUGAUAGCGAAGGACAAUAAGGCGGCCAGAACCCUGAGUGCUAUUCUGCUUGCCUUCAUCAUCACCUGGACGCCCUAUAACAUCAUGGUGCUGGUGUCCAUCUUUAAAUGUAUCCCUGAUAACCUGUGGCACCUGGGCUACUGGCUCUGCUAUGUCAACAGCACUGUGAACCCGGUGUGCUACGCCCUCUGCAACAAGUCUUUCCGGGUCACCUUCAAGAUGCUACUGCUCUUGCGGUGGGACAAGAGGAAGUGGGACAAGCCUCGUCACAGGGGCACACUCAGGCCAUACAGUUCCAGCAGCACCAUCUGA